AUGGUGCCGCGAGCAAACAUGUGCAUAGCCGAGGCCGGCGCUAAGGCCAAGAACCGGCCAGUCAGCCAAUCGCCUCCGCCACCUCUUGGCCGCCCAUUGACGCAACGCCAAGGCAGCAUGACGGAAGACAAGAUGCUUGUGCUCCCCUCCACUGGCUCCAGCUCGACGUUUCCCCGGAUCGGCGUCCAAAUUCUCCACCGUCCGGCUCUCGGCUCGCUCAUCGCCCCUGUCCCCUCGCGAUCCUCUGAUCACCGAUCAGCGACCCGCCCUUGCCUUCAUCUCAACUCGCACAUUCCCACUGUCGUCGUCGUCGUCGCCGCCGUCGUUGUCGUACUUGGUCACUCGUCUCCACUCACAUUGCGUUGA